AUGUCCAACGGCGUUGUCACAAACGGCGUCUCCAGCCACGCUCAGACGCCGUCGCAGCGUUAUCUGAGCACUCGGGGCGGAGAUAGCGGUCUCUCCUUUGAGGAAGUCGUCCUCAAGGGCCUCGCCUCCGAUGGUGGGCUCUACAUCCCAGAAGCGAUUCCGGAGGCGACUCAAUGGCAGUCUUGGAAGGACCUCUCAUUUGUUGACCUAGCAUUUAAUGUCCUGUCGCUCUACAUUUCGCCCUCCGAGAUCCCGGCCGAAGAUCUCAAGGACCUUAUCCGCCGGAGUUAUGCGACAUUUCGCGCUGAGGACAUCACGCCGCUCGUCCAUCUGCAAGAUAGCAUACACCUGCUUGAGCUCUUCCACGGACCCACCUUCGCCUUCAAGGACGUAGCCCUUCAAUUUCUCGGUAACUUGUUCGAGUAUUUCCUCGUGCGCCGGAAUGAGGGCAAGACCGGCCGGGAUAGGUAUCACCUCACGGUCGUAGGCGCGACGAGCGGCGACACAGGUUCGGCGGCCAUCUAUGGCCUUCGGGGGAAGAAAGAUGUCUCAGUCUUCAUGCUCCACCCCAAGGGCCGCGUGAGCCCCAUCCAGGAGCUUCAAAUGACGACUGUGUUGGACCCCAACGUUCACAACCUCGCUGUGACGGGGAAUUUUGACAAUUGCCAGGACAUUGUCAAGGCCCUGUUUGCGGAUCCGGAUAUCAACUCGACACUCAAGCUCGGUGCCGUCAACUCCAUCAAUUGGGCGCGCAUCUUGGCCCAAACCGUCUACUACUUCUACUCGUACUUCUCCCUCGCGCGGCAACAACCUGAGUCAUUCAAGAUUGGUGACAAGGUUCGCUUCUCGGUUCCUUCAGGCAACUUCGGCGACAUUCUCGCCGGCUACUUCGCGCACCGCAUGGGUCUCCCCGUCGACAAGUUCGUCAUCGCCACAAAUGAGAACGACAUCCUCGACAGGUUUUGGAAGACGGGCAAGUACGAGAAGAAGCCGACGUACGGGCCCUCGGCAGAGGGGGGUCUCGCCGCGGACGGUGUCAAGGCCCACGAGGACGGCGUCAAAGAGACGCUUAGCCCGGCCAUGGACAUUCUUGUGUCCAGCAAUUUUGAGCGCCUUCUCUGGUUUCUCGCGUACGAGUUUGCGUCGAGCGCCGGCAUGGACGACGAGUGGAACAAGAAGCAGGCCGGUCAGGAAGUCAGCGCUUGGUUGAGCGACCUGAAAACAAAAGGCGGCUUCGGCCCGGUCUACCAGGAUGUGCUCGAAGCGGCGCGCCGCACGUUUGAGAGCGAGCGCGUCAGCGACCAGGAGACGCUGGAUACCAUCCAGAGCUUGUACAAGGAGGUUGGGUACGUGCUGGAUCCGCACACGGCUGUAGGCGUUGAGGCCGCGAGGAGGUCGGUAAGGCGUGUGGUGGAGUCAGGGAUGCCCAUGGUGCCUCAUAUUUCGCUGUCGACGGCCCACCCGGCCAAGUUCGCCGGCGCUGUGACCCUCGCGCUCAAGGAUGAAGAAGGGUUUGAGUUCAACUCAAAGGUCCUCCCCCCCGAGUUUGUCGGCCUGGACCAGAAGGAGAAGAGGGUCAAGGACGUGCCAAACGAAUGGCAGGCUGUAAGGGACCUGGUCAAGGCUGAGGUGGAGGAGGAGCUGAAGGGAGCGAGGUGA